UCGGAAAAGCUAAUGAUCGCGCGAGCCGUAGCAACGUGCACCUGUCGUACCUAACGACGAGACGCUAGAUCUAGACGCGGGUAAUAUCAGAAUACAUUUGAGCCUUUAUCUUUGCAUUUCAAGUUUAUCGCUGCUAUACAGAGCUAUUACUCAACUGAGCCUCUCACAACCAGCCUAGUUUAGAAGAGUAUUGGUCCGAACACAGGGGUAAACAUGUCUGUUCCUCACCGCACUUCCAAGCGCCCUUGGGGCACCAUCACCAAGCCAGACGACAUGCACAUGGGUUACCAAAAGGCUACCGAAAUGGAGGUUGAUCAGACGGUUGAGAGAUUGUAUGAGGUCCCUAAGGAGAGGCCUCAAACCACCAAUCGGCCAAACAAAGAGAUGACGAAAGAAGAAAUUGAGGACAUGGUGGACAGACUGAGCAGGAAUGGCGGAGAAAAGGCAUCUGACUCUCAGAGAGUGGCAAAAGGAGCUUUGAAGGACAUUGGCAUUUUGAACUCAUUUGCCUGGAAAGGUUACAACUAUUGAGUUAUAUGACCUUAUGGUCCUGAAUGAUCAUUGCAGUAAAGCUGUAUGUAGGUCAAUGAAUACAGGUUCAUUAUAUAGGGUUAAUGAAUACAGCUAUAUAGGUACAUCAUUAUAGCCCUGAUGGCUAAAUUAAUCCUGAUUUGCUUUAUACAUGCAAUAAGAUCAUGUUUUAGUGAAAAGGAGUUCAGACCUUAUACUACUAAGUACUAAGCUGCUGGUGGCGCUAGAAGUGUUCACAACAAUGUGCAAUAUAUACUUCACAGAUGCUCCCACCACUGCUUCAGUAGUAGAAGGAUUUUAAUCUCUAUCCUACAUAUUUGAGUCAUCCUUUGUUUGAGUUUCUUUAACAUGUUUUCCCCCUCUUUUUAAAGCUGCACUGCUCUUGGAUCGGAGUGCACUUGCUCCGAAUCAUAAAUUCAACCAUGAUUUGAAUUUGGGAAAACAUGUCAUAGUCACCCGUCAGUAGGAUGAUUACAUACAUGCAUUACAUAAUGUCGCCAUUGUCCAGUAUUAUUCCAGUG